CGAAGUGCCUCGAAAUCCAGAGUUCUGGCCCUGCACAGUCGUCCCCCACGUACUUAGCAUAAAUGCGCUCUCACGAUAGGAAGCGCGGAAGCCUCAAGGCCAGCGCUCGGUAUUUGUCCGCCGUUCGCCCGCACAUUUGAUAAGAGAUCUGCUGGCAACGAUAGAGUAGCGCUCCCCGCCCUGUGAGGUCAUCCCAAGGUCAUUAUCCCGCCCGUUCGCACGCAGUCCGGCGCAUUUUUUGCGCUGCGGGUUUUCUUCCCUCUUACGACGUCGGCGGCUGCAUUGGUCCUUCUUUACAGCCACCGUCACUCGUUCAUCCUCCAUCCCCCAUCCUCUCCCUCCUCCGCGUCGCAGGUCCAGCACGAUGGCGAUGGACUACGACCGAUACGAUGCGCUCCUCCACUGGCUCUUCAAGCAGACGCAGGGGGACGCCUGGUUCCGCCCCCACGAAGAGAACGUGUCGUCCGGCGUCGCGCUUCGCGUGAACGAGGACCCUAUCGAGUUCCGCAUCUUCCCCUACGAGAACCUCUCCCUCGAGCCUUUUGAGACGGCGGUCACCGCGCUGAACCCCGCCGUGGCAGUCAAGGUUCGCUCAGCCGCGGUCCAUGCCGCGCUAUCGCAGCUACCCGAGGGCGAGCGCUCACUCUACGUCGACGCGAGCACUCGGAUACAAGUUCUCGACACCAUGAUGCAGCUCCCCUACGCAUCGAAGGAGCAGUGUGCAGCGUUUAUCCGCGACGAACGCGUGCUGGUUGUGUGGUCGCAUUCGCUCGAAAGUAUCAUCCCGACAUGCAAUGACUUCGAGGAGCGCCUUAUCAAACUGCUCUGGCGCAGCCGGCCCAAUGGGAGCAGCCUCCUCAGCCCGAGCAUCGGCGGCUCAGUCGGCGGCCACGGCUCCUUGCGUGAUAGCAGCAGCUACAGCCAUGCCAACCUGCAGGCAAACGAGCUCGGCGCGUCCGGCAGCAGCAACGAGCAGUCCGAGAAGGGGAAGCCCACCGGCAAGGUUAAGGUUAAGCGGAAUUGGUACGGCAAGAAGGUCGGCGUCAAGGAGACUACUGUCGCCGAUGCGGAGUCGCUCGCAAGCCGCAGACCUGCCAAACUCUGGGCGCCCCUCUAUAACGGCAUCGCGGCGGGCCUGUCCAUGGUCUUCAUUGGCCAAGGUAUCAAGGUCUUGCUGGAGGAGUUGGUUUUGGAUAGCGAUUACAUUCGUCUCGCUCUUUGCGCAACGAUACCGCUGCUCUACUGCGUCUCCCUGUUCUUCGCGCUGCAAAUCGUGCAGAACGUGUCUAUGGUCAUCGGUCCGGUCGCACACUAUCACGAAAAUAGCAAGUACUACAGCGCUAUUAAGCCAAGGCCGAGCAAGGAAGUUGACGAGAACUUGCCACACGUCACGAUCCAGAUGCCCGUCUACAAGGAGAGCUUGGAGAGCGUGCUAACGCCGUCCAUUGAGUCCCUCAAGAAGGCCAUGCAAACGUAUGCGCGCCAGGGCGGUUCCUCGACUAUCUUUGUCAACGACGACGGUUUGCGGCUCCUGCCCCAAGCCGAGCGCGACGAGCGGCUCGCAUUCUACGCUAACCACAACAUCGGCUGGGUCGCGCGCCCGGGGCACGGCUGGGGCUCGCGCAAGAAGGGCGACGCGGGCGGCGCCGACCCGGGCUUUGUGCGCGCCGGCCGCUUCAAGAAGGCGUCGAACAUGAACUACGGGCUGGCGCUGUCGCUGAAGGUUGAGCGGAUACUCGAGGACCUUAUGCGCGAAGGGAAUGAGAAGAUGCCGACGCUCGCUGAGCUUGCGAGGCAGGAGGGGGAGUUGCCGCAGCCGCAGCGUCCGGCGGCGACCAACCGGCUAUCGGGCGUCAGUCAAAGCAGCGGUGCUACGGGCGCCAUCGUCCAACCUCCGCGUUACGGUACCCAAUACGUCGGCCGCGAUGGCCAGGACAACGACGUUGAGCACCCGGCCUCGGAAAGCCUUGAGGAGCGCGCCCUGCAGAUGGCCAUAGAGGAGACCUAUGAAGAGUCCGGCCGCCGCUUCAAGCCUUGGGCUGCCAACGCGCGCGCCUCCCGCAUCGGCGAGAUCAUCCUCAUCGUCGACUCCGACACCGUCGUCCCCGAGGACUGCCUCCGCGACGCCGCGCGCGAGAUGCGCGAGUGCCCGACCGUCGCCAUCAUCCAGCACGAGUCCGACGUCAUGCAGGUCGCGCACCACUACUUCGAGAACGGCAUCGCGUACUUCACGCGCAGGAUCAACAGGUGUAUCUCGAUGGCGUGCGCGAAUGGCGAGGUCGCGCCGUUCGUGGGGCACAAUGCGUUCUUGCGGUGGCAGGCGAUCCAGGACGCGGCGUUUGUGGACCCGGCGGAUGGGAAGGAGAAGAUCUGGUCGGAGAGCAAUGUGUCGGAGGAUUUCGAUAUGGCGCUGAGGCUGCUUAUGCGCGGGUACAUCAUUCGCUGGGCGACGUACUCGCUCGGCGGAUUCAAGGAGGGUGUCUCGUUAUCGGUCGACGACGAGUUGAACCGCUGGCAGAAGUACGCCUACGGCUGCAACGAACUUCUCUUCAACCCGCUCGUCCAGUGGUGGCGCAAAGGCCCCAUCGCGCACCAGAUUCACCGCUUCAUGUGGAGCAACGCGCCGAUACACUACAAGAUCUCCAUGAUGGCCUACAUGUUCUCUUACUACGGUAUCGCGGCCGCCAUCACCAUCGGUAUCAUCAACUACGUGUUCCUCGGCUUCCAGUUCACCGUUGACGGCUUCUACAUCGCGUCGUUCGAGAUCUGGCUCGCUACCACUGUCGUUUUCAUCGGGUCUGGCAACGUCGGGUACACGCUCCUGCAGUAUCGGUUGGGUAACAACGAGCUCCUCACGGGCUUCUUGGAGAACAUCAAAUGGGUGCCGUUCUUCUUCUUCUUCUUCGGUGGCCUCGCGAUCCACAUCUCCGUGGCCCUGCUCGCGCAUCUCUUCUCGUACAAUAUCACCUGGAGUGCGACGAUCAAGGAGGUCGAGCGGUCGAACUUCUUUAAGGAGAUUCCGAAGAUCUUCAAGCGCUUCUGGUUCUCGAUGCUGGUGUCCUUCGCGAUCAUCGCGGGCAUGAUCAUCUGCAGCACGUCGCUCGUCCCCUACGCGUGGCGCGUCGACGGCACGGGCUGGGCGGUCAUCUUCCCGCUAAGCGUGGUGUGCGGGUGCCACAUCCUGUUCCCGAUCGUCCUGAACCCAUGGCUCAUGGUCUUCUCGUACUGAGCGAUCAUGCUCGUGGUCCUUCUGCCCUUGCUCCAACCCCCGAUACCACCCAACCUACAACCCAAACACGUGUAUGUAGCUGUAUUGAUACCUCGCCGUCGCUUGCUCUUCACACCUACCCCCUUUUCAUCCUAUACGAACGCACAGACAAGCCUGGAAUCCCGAAGCAUUGCUCUCGUAUACAUACAGCCCCGGACAUUGCUAGGUCGACGUAGAGCCGGACUGUUGUUGUAAUCUCCCGCACUCGCUUAUGCUACCUCGACCAUCGUACCUUACGACCUACGUUUGCCAGUGACGAUGCUCCCGUCGCGCAUGGCCCACUGCUGGUCGUGCGUGCGUCCAUUCGUUACCCGUUGUAAAUAUCUAGAUUACCUGGUUCUCGCUUUUGCUAGUAUGAACAUGCUCAUUAACAUGCACUUCGCAUUCAGAACCGAGG